AUGCCCUCUGUCCUGCCCAGUAAUUACUAUUAUUUCUUCUGGCUACUUGAGCCCGCACUCACUAUUGUUGGAGCACUAUCAGCGAUCCUCAAUCCAGAGGACUUUGGACGGCAUCAACUCCCGGAUCAUAUCGAGAGGCCGACUACAGGAAUUGGAAGUAGCUCAAGAGGCCAGAUGAUUGUAUCUCAACUCGGUUCAUGCUUCAUGCUCUUGGCAAUGCUCUCAUUGUCGCUCGUCUAUCUGUUCAAGAAAUACCUAGAUGACAGACCGGUCGUACUAGAAAAGCUAUUCAAAGGUUUACUAAUCCCACUUGCAAUUGCUGAUAUCCUCCAUGUCGUAGUCACCCUCCUUCCUUUACCUAUAUCCCAUCUGAAAUCUCCUUCCGAAUGGACUCACGUACUUCACUGUACUGUGUGGAUUACUCUCACCCUUUUUGUUACCAGGCUGUCAUGGCUACUGGGCUUCGGGAGACCUUCUGCAAAAUCUCUCUCCCUAGUAAAACCAACAAGCAAUAUUACUCAACGGCCAUUUCCUCUGCCCAAAUCCGACUCUGAACUGCGUGUUGAGCAAGUUGUGAAGCCUGAUGCGGAGGUUCAGACUGCGAGAAGGAGAAAUGCGCCUAGGCAGAGCCGUGCGGUCGAGUAA